AUGCAGACACCAGGAGGUAGCAUUGCACCGAGAGCGGACGUAGAUAACAGGACGCUGCGUGAAAAGAGCGGCUUCUGGAAGGAUGUGCAAGCCGCAUUCGUACAGAGAGGAGUAGAUCCAUCGGUGGUCAAGCCACACUCGUCUAAGAAGUUGUUCGACAUGUCGAAAGAGGUUAUUCGACUCUACUUCUCCGCGGAGGAACGGUUUACAGCUUCGGGCAAGAAUGAAAACGACUUUGCAAACUUUGUAAACAAGAACGGAGCUGUCUUCUACCUACCCAAAUGGCUGAAUCGUCUACAGGAAGUUCGCGAACUACUCCUAUUAGAGCGGCAAAAAUGGAUUGAGACGCUCCGAAGUGUGGAGUUGUAG